AUGACAUCGUCUCAUUGGAAUCCACAGGAUGUCCUAGUUACUUUCCAGUCUUUAUCUGGCGAGCAAAUUUCACUUGAUUGUCAACAAAUGCAAACUGUCGUCAAUCGACGGAUAACCCAGGGCGUUUUGUUUGGUACGAGAAUUGGAGCAGCAGUAAUCACUAUCGUGAUUCUUCUGAUGGUCUCCAAAAACCGGAAAACUCCCAUUUUUAUCAGCAAUCAAAUAUCCUUAUUGUUGGUUGUUUUACAAUCGGCUCUAUAUUUGGGCUAUCUGUUCAGUCCUUUCGCGUCUAUUGGCUUUACCGUGGCUUUGAUGCCAGAUGCGAUUCCAACCUCUAAUUUGCACUUAUUUGCGGCCACCAACAUAUUUCAGGUCUUGUUGGCCGCAGCUAUCGAGGCAUCUCUAAUUCUCCAGGUCCGUAUUAUUUUCAAAAGUGACACACUCAAAACUGCCGGCAGAGUUCUUGUUGCAAUUGCGUCAGCACUGGCGCUUGCGACGGUAAUCAUCUUUUUAGUAUCGGCCAUCAAAUCAAUCUCUGCAAUUUAUGGUAGUAUAGAUGGACUACCUGAUACAGUGUUCUUCAACAUUGGUGUAAUAUUGCAAUCCACAUCUAUCAACUUUAUGACCGUGCUGCUCGCAGUUAAACUAGUGUUAGCAGUGAGAUCAAGAAGGUUUUUGGGACUAAAGCAAUUCGACAGUUUCCACAUUUUGGCCAUUAUGUCUUUUCAGACACUCAUCUUUCCCAGCAUUCUUUUCAUUCUAGCAUACGCUCUACCAGAAAGUCAAGGUACCAGUUCCUUGAACAGCAUUGCUGUCUUGCUGGUGACUCUGUCGUUGCCACUGUCGUCGAUGUGGGCCACAUCGGCCAAUAAUGGCUAUAGGCCCUCAUCCUUGAACACAUCUUUCUCUCCUUCAAUUUAUGACGGAAGCCCGGGAAAAGCUGAUGACCGCAGCCUCUACUCUCAAUCGGGGAGGUCCUCUGGUUUCCAACAAAGUAAUUGCCAGGCCAAUGAAUUGUUUCCUAUGGCCAGGACCGGUGAUUUACACCAUGGAUACAAUUACAACAUGGGAGAUUUGGAGAAGGCAAACUGUCAUAGCCUUGCAGUUUCCCUUCAUACGGCGGGUGGGAGCUCACUGUCGAGUGAUCAAAAUCAAAAUGGCCAACAACGAAGACUCGAACAGCUUGAACGCGUCGUAGAGUCAGGAGCUUAUACCCCCAAUACAUUAGACGAUGAGGAUGCUCGCAACUUUUGGUCUGGUACAAAGGCCUGA